AUGUCGGACCUCAAUGGAAUGGUUGACCCAAGGAUCUUUGAAGAUUUACAAACCAAGAUUGAUGAAGAUGCGGAAGUAAGAGAUCAAAUCAAAGCUAUCUUACAAACAUUGGAGAGACAAUGUAGAAAUGCUCAAUCGGUUUUAUCUCGAGCACAUUCAACACCAGCUGCUCACUUGCAGCCUGUCCUUGAGUCUGCAGAGAGAGCUAUAAAAGAGGAGGCUGAGAGUAUUCAAAAGCUCGCAAGCGUAGCUUCAAAUUAUCCAUAUUACAAGUAUAAUGGAAGUUGGACCAGAGAUGUGCAGAAUGUGAUCUUUGCCGUCCUUCUCUGCGGAUGGCUUGGUGGUUUGAACAAGGAUGAAAAGUCGGUUGAGUCUGGAAGACUUCUCACGAUUGAGGAAGUAGGAGAGAUUCUUCAAGUCCCAGUUAAUCUUAAAGACCGAGACGCGUUCCAUAUCAGCAUCGAAGAAUAUCUCCUCUCCCUCAUUUCCUUGAUCGAAGAGCUUUCGCGACUAGCUAUCAAUUCCGUUACUCUUGGAGAUUACCAAAGACCACUACAAAUCAGUCAGUUCGUCAAGGACUUACAUGCGGGAUUCCAGAUCUUGAAUCUGAAGAAUGAUGUCUUGAGAAGAAGAAGCGAUAGCAUCAAGUAUAAUGUGAAGAAGAUUGAGGAUAUUGAUGAAGUGUUGAAAUACUGCUUGGACGGGUUUUCGAUAUCAGAAGAUGGGAACUGGACGGUUGCUGCUGUUGCAUAUGUUACGAGCUAUGGCAGAAAAGCUCCCAAACACGAAGCUCAUAAUCCCAAAAUCAAAUUCUUGCAAUUGACAACACCAGAACCCGAAAUGCCACCAAUCGAUCCCAUCACCAUGUCCGGCAUCAGUCCAGUUUCCGGCGAUACCUCCAAACCCAAAUCACUACCCACGGAUAUGCUACCUUCUGACAUAGCGCGUAUCUUCACACACAUCCAGCCUGCCAUUCUUCUCUCGGCGUACUAUUUCCGAUUCUCUGCCUUGGUUGCCGACCCUGUGCCUACACUCUUGCACUCGCUAUUACCUGUCGCUAUUUUGCAGGUGGCUUAUGCCGCACUCUGUUUACCGGCUUCGGGGUCGAAUAUGGCGAGGAAAUUGAAGCCGGGGGAGAAGAGAAAGGGCGUAGAGGGUGGGGAGGCUAAUCAUAAAAUAUUCACAACCAUAUUCGCGCUCAUCCUAACAGCCACCGCCGUACCCGCCAUCACCGCCCUACAAAUCCUAUUCGGCGCUCCCUUCACGACACACAUCGAGCACACGAUCCUCUCAUCCGCACAUAUAUCUCUGCUAGCACUCUUUCCCCUCUUCUACAUCCAAGGCAUGGAUUCGGUGCGAUGGCUCGAAGUGGCAUCGUUGUAUGCGCCGAUGGAUGAGGUUUUCGGUGCAGCGUUGGGAUGUGCGUUGGGUGCGUGGUUGGGCGCAGUACCGAUUCCCCUGGAUUGGGAUCGCGAGUGGCAGAGGUGGCCGGUGACGGUGGUGACGGGUGCGUUUGCUGGAGAGGUAUCGGACAUAGUCGCAUUGGCAUGGGCGUAUGGGAACUAA